AAGUGUGAUAUUAGAGCUCUCCUUCCCUCCCUUCUCAGCUCCGGCCAGUGUCGGGAGCUGGAGAGAUCUAAUAUCACGCUUGGACACGGAGGACCUCAGUGUGCAGAGCUCCAGAGAGACGAUGGCUUCAGCCGGCCUGGAAAUUCUGGGCAUGAUUCUGUCUGUGGCUGGCUGGCUGGGCGCAAUGGUGGCCUGCUGCCUGCCUAUGUGGCGCGUAGCGGCGUAUGUGGGUCAGAACAUUGUGAUCACACAGGUGGUGUGGGAGGGCCUGUGGAUGAGCUGUGUGGUGCAGAGUACAGGCCAAAUGCAUUGCCAGAUCUACGAUUCCAUGUUAGCGCUGCCCAGUGACCUGCAGGCGGCACGAGCUCUGGUUGUCAUCACCGUGUUCAUUGGCGUGGUGGCCAUGACGCUGGCCGUAGCAGGUGCCAAGUGCACCAACUGUACGUCGGAUGUGUCCAGCAAGCCUCGCAUCAUGCUGGGUGCCGGUGCAGCAUUCGGCAGCGCUGGGCUGUUGUUGCUUUUGGCCGUGUGCUGGUCAGCCUACACCAUUGUCCUUGACUUCCAUGACCCACUGCUGCAGGACACACAGAAGAGGGAGUUCGGGAACUCACUGUAUUUCGGCUGGGGCGCCUCCUGCCUGCUAAUCCUAGGGGGAGCCAUACUUUCCUGUUCGUGUUCUUCCAGAGCAACCAAGGAUCCUGCGUCUACUGGAGCACAAUACUCAGUGGUGAAAUCAGUGGCUGCAAAUGGAUAUUGCAGAAGGGACUAUGUUUGAAUGCUGUAGGUUGGUAAAUGAGCAUGCAUUCAGCAACAAUAUAAACUGUGAUGGAAUUUUAUUUACUAGGAUAAACACCAGAAAGAUAUGAUAGAAUGGUUAGAUAUGAUUGAACUAUGGCAUAGAUUUAAUUCUGUCAACAACAGUAAGUCAAUAGAUAUGUUCUUUCACAGUAGAUUUGAAAUAGCUGCAUUAGAAUGUAAUAACCUUUGUGUUACAUCUAGAUUUUGAGACAGAAUGACAAGUUUUUCCAACUGAACAAUGUUGACUUAAAAGGUAUUCACCAUGUCUAAUUAUGUUGCAAUUUUUCAUUACGUUUCAUUACAAGCCCUCAGAGUUUACAUGGUUAAGGCUGAUGGGCAUUGCAACUUUUAGUAAUGAAAAAUUUUCUGAAUGUAAUAAAGUUCUUAUCACAAGUCAGUCAGCACAUAAAUGUUUCCUGCAACAUUUUUUCAGUUUCUCAUUUACUUCUAAAUGGAUGACCAUUCAUGGAAACCUGAGACUUUGCAAAGGUAGGCUGGAUGAGCUGAAAUAAGGAAUUCUUAGUCCAAAGUGCUCCAUAUCAUUUGAAAUCUAUCCAGUUCUUGAGGGGCUGCUACACAUUGGAAAUGACCUCCCUGCAUCGGUGUAGACGUGACUGGGUACAAUGCAGCCAUUGUUCUGAGACCUUCUUCUGCUUCUUUGUGUCCACUGUUCAAAUCUUUACUUCAGGGGAGUGUAACUGAAACUAGCCUCCACGAGAUGAAAGCACCUUCCUUUUUGCUUAGUUGGCAAAGCCUCUGUGUUGUGGCAUUCCUUUGUUUUGUUGGUAGAGCAUGGUGAAUGACAAAUGCAGUUUUACCAACAAAUUGGGCUUUUUGGUCAAUAUUUUGGUCAGGAAAAUUUAAUUUAAUAUUUUGGUCUACUAUGAAAACUACUAUAUUGAAAAAAAUGCAUUAAAGAAUGCAGAGAAAUGUGAUGAAGUCGAAAUCACUCAAAAGAGUAAUAUGUAAUGGAUUAACAGUGCCACUAACAAUUUUGUAUGGUGAAAAUGAUAAAGUAAACAGUCAGACACUGCAAUGCAGCAAACACAAUAUAUUAGAGCUGUUUUUGUUUUUCUCUGAAACUUAUGUUGGUACAUGAAAGAGUGUAAUAAGGUCAAUAAGA